AUGGCUACCGAAUUGACAGUCCAGUCCGAGCGUGCCUACCAGAAGCAGCCGCACAUCUUCCUCAACCACAAGUCGAAGGCCGCGAAGAGCAAGAAGGUUGGCAAGGCCGGUCGGAGAUGGUUCAAAGAUGUCGGGUUGGGAUUCAGAACCCCCAAGACUGCCAUUGAGGGCAGCUACAUCGACAAGAAGUGCCCUUUCACCGGUCAGAUCUCCAUCCGCGGCCGUAUCCUGACCGGCACCGUCAUCUCUACCAAGAUGCACCGUACCCUCAUCAUCCGACGAGAAUACCUACACUUCAUCCCAAAGUACUCCCGCUACGAGAAGAGACAUACCAACCUGGCCGCGCACGUGUCCCCUUGCUUCCGUGUCGAGGAAGGUGACCAGGUCACCGUUGGCCAGUGCCGUCCCCUCAGCAAGACUGUCCGUUUCAACGUUCUCCGUGUCCUUCCCCGAACCGGCAAGGCGGUCAAGAGUUUCUCGAAGUUCUAG